UGACCCGGAGCCCGCGCGCGCUCCCGCGCUCUCUCUCUUUCCGCCUCUGCUGCGGAGCCUCAGCUCGAGCUCUGCCGCCGCCGCGGCCAUGCCCAACAUCGUGCUCUUCAGCGGCAGCUCGCACCAGGACCUGUCCCAGCGCGUGGCCGAGCGGCUGGGCCUGGAGCUGGGCAAGGUGGUGACCAAGAAAUUCAGCAACCAGGAAACCAGUGUAGAGAUUGGUGAAAGUGUGAGAGGGGAAGAUGUGUAUAUCAUCCAGAGUGGCUGUGGAGAAAUCAAUGAUAACUUGAUGGAACUUCUAAUAAUGAUCAAUGCUUGCAAGAUUGCAUCAUCAUCCAGAGUGACUGCAGUAAUUCCAUGUUUUCCAUAUGCCAGGCAAGAUAAGAAAGACAAGAGUCGUGCUCCAAUCUCUGCAAAACUUGUUGCCAAUAUGCUAUCAGUUGCUGGGGCUGACCACAUCAUCACCAUGGAUUUGCAUGCUUCUCAGAUACAGGGUUUCUUUGAUAUUCCAGUGGACAACUUGUAUGCAGAACCUGCAGUGUUGCAAUGGAUUAAAGAGAAUAUUUUGGAAUGGAGAAACUGUAUCAUAGUCUCACCUGAUGCAGGUGGAGCAAAAAGGGUUACUUCAAUCGCAGAUAGACUGAAUGUUGAAUUUGCUCUGAUUCACAAGGAAAGAAAGAAAGCUAACGAAGUGGACAGAAUGGUCUUGGUUGGUGAUGUGAAAGAUAGGAUAGCUAUUCUUGUCGAUGACAUGGCUGACACAUGUGGCACAGUAUGUCAUGCAGCAGACAAGUUAGUGUCUGCUGGAGCCACUAAAGUUUAUGCUAUUCUGACUCAUGGGAUCUUCUCUGGCCCUGCUAUUUCUCGAAUCAAUAAUGCUGCAUUUGAGGCUGUUGUAGUAACUAACACAAUCCCACAGGAUGAGAAAAUGAAAAAUUGUCCCAAGAUUCAGGUUAUUGACAUUUCCAUGAUUCUGGCUGAGGCAAUCCGAAGAACACACAAUGGCGAAUCUGUGUCCUACCUGUUCAGCCAUGUUCCACUAUAACUGCAAGAGAUUAGUGUUUUCCUGUUGGUUGUGUCCACCAGCACUGUCAACCUUUUUAAAUAAUGCGACUCAAUGAUGAGAUGACUCUCUUGGUAAAAAGCUUCAGCUCUUGCAUACUUAAAGAUGUUUUCGUUUUCUAAUUAAUCUUUGUUCAUUGUAAAUGGGUAAUACAGCUCCAUUUUGCAAAAUCUCUUAUGAAUACACUUAAGGAUUUUGAAGGGGAGGCUUCAAUACUUACCUGUGACUAUUCCUACAGGUAACUUUUUGAUUCUGUAUUUGUCUGUAGCGAGAGGGUCAAUACCAUUUCAAAACUUUUUAUAUUUGUGGGGCUGCCAAAGGUAGCCCAAUUUUAAAAUAUUUCAUAUUUAGUUUAUAUUUAAUAAUAAGUUGGAUGGGCAAUGCGGUAGUUCUCCUGCUGUGUAAUAUUGAACCUUGUCUAGGCUGUUAACUAAACAUUGGAAUAAGCGAUCAAAUGUGUAUUCCCUUAACAGUUAAAUAUUUUUUUACUUGGCAGAAAUUCUGUGGUAGCUUGAUGCCCACCUACUUCAUAUACCUCACGAUUAAAAAUUGCUGGGCAAAUUCACUUUUUGUGGGGUCAGCAUAACUGUAGAUUAGAGAUUAGUUGCUUGUGUUCUCUUCCUACUAAACUACUGCCUCAAAUGUCUAAUCUCUAAAGCUGGGACCACAGCCACCACUUUUCUGCAUAGGGUAGUUAAUAGAAUUUGUACUUUCAGAAGAUUAUGCUUCAUUUAGAACUAAAUGUGUCAAUUAUAGGCAUCUUGUAUCUAUACAUUAGUCUUUCAAGUAACUUACUAAAGUUUGUUGAACUUUAUUUACAUCUUCAGUUUUAACCAUGAGUCUGUCACUUUGUAGGUCGUUUAAACAAAAUUUGAGACUUCCAUAACAAAAUUAAAGUGAACUAUUGACACAGUAUUCAGUGGGCUACAUUUUGGAGCAUAUGAAAUUCCGAAGUUCAAACAGUGAUUGUGUAUGUGUGUAAAAUGGGUUCUUUUUUUUUUUUUUUUUUUUUUUCCCC